GUAUGAGCUGUAUUACAGACUGCUGGAAUCAGGAGGAUCAGAAGAGAGUUUAUAGCUGCCCUCAGUGCAGACAGACCUUCACUCCAAGACCUGCUUUAGGAAAGAAUGUGAUUCUUGCUGAGAUGGUGGAGAAACUGAAGAAAACUAAACUUCAGACUGAUCGAGCUGCUCCCAGUUAUGCUGGACCUGAAGAUGUGAAGUGUGACGUCUGUACUGGGAGAAAACACAAAGCUAGCAAGUCAUGUCUGGUGUGUCUGAACUCUUAUUGUCAAACUCACUUUGAGCGACAUGAGGAACUUCAAUCAGGAGAGAGACACAAAGUAACUGAAGCCACUGGAAGACUUCAGGAGAUGAUCUGCUCUCAACAUGACAGACUGCUGGAGGUUUUCUGUCGCACUGAUCAGAGAUGUGUUUGUUUGCUGUGUACGAUGGAUGAGCAUAAAAAUCAUGACACUGUAUCAGCUGCAGCAGAGAGAACAGAGAAACAGAAACUAUUGGAGGACAACCAGAGAAAACACCAGCAGAGAAUCCAGGAGAAAGAGAAGAAGCUUCAGGAUCUCAGAGAGGCUGUGAAGACACACAAGAGCUCUGCACAGACAGCAGUGGAGGACACUGAGAGGAUCUUUACUGAACUGAUCCGCUCCAUUGAGAGAAGACGCUCUGAGGUGAUACAGCUGAUCAGAGAUCAGGAAAAGACUGCAGUGAGUCGAGCUGAAGGACUCUUGAAGGAACUGGAGCAGGAGAUUGAUGAUCUGAGGAGGGGACAUGAUGAGAUGGAGCAGCUCUCACACACAGAACAUCACAUCAGUUUCCUACAGAGUUUUCAGUCCCUCUCUGAAUCUCCUGGAUCUACAGACAGCAUCACUGUCAGUUCUCUUCUCUUGUUUGAUGAUGUGGGGAAAUCUGUCACUCAACUGAAAGAAAAGGUGGAGGAUGUCUGUAAAGAAGAGAUUGAAAAGAUAUCUGACAAAGUUUCAUACAUUGAAAUUAUUCCCACCAAGGUACCCAAGACCAGAGUGGAGUUCCAACAGUAUUUCUGCCAGUUAUCUCUGGAUCCAAACACAGCACAUACAAAUAUCUAUCUUUCCGAAGGGAACAGAGCGGCUACUGGCACUAAAACAGUUCAGCCGUAUCCUGAUCAUCCAGACAGAUUUGAUCAUUAUCAUCAGGUGUUGUGUAGAGAGAGUGUGUGUGGACGCUGUUACUGGGAGGUCGAGUGGAGUGGAGAUUCAGUGGAAAUAUCAGUGUCAUAUAAGAGCACCACAUUCACUCAACCUAUCUAUCCUGGGUUUGUGUUAAAUAAGAGCUCAACAGUGAAACUGCGUGAUUUAGCAAUGUAA